AUGCAGCUGUCUUUAACUCAUCCAUGCUUCUGGAAACUGCUCCUGCUACUGGUGUCCAACCUGCUGCUGUGGGAGGGUGUGGCCUCAGUGCCCACAUGUUCAAUGAGGAAUGGACGCUGCUAUGCUCGCUUCGAAGAAAUGCUUGAUCGAGCAGUCAGUUUGUCUGAGCAAAUUAGUAAACAAGCUUUUAAUAUGUUCACUGAAUUUGAUAGUCAGUAUUCCCAGAGUCACCAGCUCAUUAAGAGGAACUUCAAAAAAUGCCACACAUCUUCUAUCGAAAUUCCAAAACUUGGAAGUAAAACCAGGCUACCGGUGAGUCUCCACCCAUUAAAGCUACUGAAAUUAGUGGAGAGAAUACUGGGUGCCUGGAAAAUCCCUCUGAGCCAUCUAGUGAACAACAUGCCUUCCUUGAAAGACGCCCCUGCUACUAUCCUCUCCAAAGCCAGAGAUAUCAAGCAAAUGAACGAUGGCCUCCUGGAGGGAGUUAGGACCAUUCUCAGCCAGUUUCAAGGUGGAAAUAAAGAAAAUGAGAACUACCUUGGUUGGUCUGGACUGGCAUCCUUGCAGUCAGAAGAGGAAGACGUGCGCCUAUUUACAUUUUAUAACCUGAUUCGUUGUGUGGGCAGAGAAACUCAAAAGGUUGAAACUGCUUUCAAAAUCGUGAAGUGUAAAAUAUCAAAACAAAAUGAGUGCUAA